UAGUCCGCCUCCACUCACAAAAACUAAACAAUUAAACAAAAACUAAAUAUGAGCAACAUACAGCUAAACAAAUCAAAACACCUUAUUAAAAUAAAUAUUGAACUUGGGCCAGUCAGCAGCAAUAUUUCUUAGAGAAUAUUCUAAAAACUUAAAUAUACUUUGGUCCCGGGGCCAAAACCAUAGCUAUUGAACUUACAAGUAGGUUAGGCCAUGCCCUGUCUACACUACCACAGGCCCAAACACAAUUAUCUCAUAUCCAUGUGAUAAUGGCUUUGGCCCAGGCAUAACCCCAACUACAUUUGUUGUUUUUUAAUACUUUCAUAAAGAGGUUGUAAGACUGAAAAUAUAAACACAGAGAUUAAAUACUGGAUGCAGAUGAAAUGAAUUGAAGCUGCAAGCAGAAAAGGGAAGCCCAAGCACCAGGAAGUUAAAUAGGGUAGUUAAAAUAGUUGAGACAAAAUAACUGAAACAGCAAAAGAUACACUCUUAGCUUCUUUAAAUGGCACCUACAUGAACUAAUCUCAAAAUCUAUACAGACCCCUAUUUUUAUAGUAAAAAUUAAUUGUCUGUGCUGGUAGUUUGACUUGGUUGGUGUUUUGAGGAGUGGUAAUCAUUUCAAAUCUCUCACAACUGGUACUUUCCAACUAACGUUACAUAUUUCCUAAUGGAAAGAGAGGUGAUGUACUACACUCACAAAAGUGACGGUGGCUAUUGCAUUCAAAUGUAGAAGUGUUUCCCCUUUUCUUAGGGUUUCCUCAUCGUACACGAGCCGGCCUAAAGGUGGAGACAUUCUGCCUUGUUUAGUGACAGAAAUACACCCUGUGCUACAUUCUGCAUGAACACACCUCCAACUGAAAACAGAAAACUGAAACUGUUUUCUCCAUUUGUCUCUGAAAUUCUUUGAAAUAAAGAUGAACACCAAAAACAGUGUUAUAGUCUUAUUCCUCUGUUUCCUGACUCUGUUUACUUUAACAGACUGUAGCACAUGUCAGAAAAAUAUAUUAGAAGGGGACAGUCUCACCUUUAAACUGACUGACAGGCUGCUUAAGGAUGAUGAUCGAUUCACUAUAAAAAAAGACAAUAAAGUGGUAGUCCCCAAAAGGAAUAGGAAACAAGAGGGACCAGGGAUCAUGAUAAAUGAUUCCCUGGAGCUCCAACAUGUGAAACUGAGUGAUUCUGGGAUAUACGGUGUUGACGUAUUUGAUGUGAAUGGCAUCAGUGUAAAAUCAUACUCAGAAGUCGUCUGUGUUUAUGCAAAAGUCCCAAAGCCAAGAGUGAAUAUUACAUGUCAGGAUGAGAAAGUUGACUUCAGAUGUGAUGUUGAAAGUGACAAAGAUCAAAGAUCAGCUAUAUCUUACAGCUGGCACAAAAAUGGGAAAGAAUUCAAGAACGUAUUAAACUUCUCAAUAAAUGUUGAGGAGGAUAAAUCAGUGUAUACAUGUACUGCCCAGAAUCCAGUUCAUAAAAGCACAAGUGAUCCAGUAGAAGCAGCAUGUUUCAAGCGUACACUCUUUGGCCUUGACUUUUGGUUCAUGGUGGGCAUCUUAGCUGGUGGAGGAGGUCUCGUACUGUUAUUGAUAAUAAUGCUGGUGACUGUUGCCUGUCGUUCCUGUAAAUUCAGAGAGAAACAACAACAAGGUGAAGAAGAGUUCAGACUGAAAUACGUCGACAUCUCUCCAACUUCUGAUCAACAAAAAUCAAAGCAAACAGAAAGACAACUGACACUUCUAGAAACCUAUGAUAAAGUUUCUCCCCAGGAGGUAGCUCAAGUUCCAUGUCAGACCGAAUCUAGACCCAGGAAGCCGAAACGCUCUCGGCCUCCACCACCUCCAAUUGAUGAUGAAGAGGAACAACCUCCACCGUUACCCAAACCGAGGAGAAAUGCACCUGUCAAAAAGUGUGAAGGACCGUUGUGAUGGACAAGAGAGCACACCAGUCAGGGGAGGUCCAGCACAACUGAAGAUUUCUUUAAAUGUACACAUUCAUCUGUGUAAGUUUAUUACAUCUGUGUACAAGUGCAUCACUUAUCUGUGUCACUUUGGAAAAUAAAAACAGCAGGAUUGGUCCAGUUU